UCGUCGUCAGUCUAACAGAGAAAGUUUCGUCAUCAUCACAAAAUCGAACGAAAAGACGUUCUUAAAUCUCAAAUUAUCGACUGAGAACCGGCGAUUACUGAAGAACAAUGUCUCGAAAUUCAUUAAAAUAAAAAGUCAGUAGUUCAUAAAGACAAAAAACCAUCGAAAUUUUGCUGUAAAUUUGUUUCGAAUUAUAUCUCGAAGUAAUUUCGUCGCAAUUGGCGAAUUAAGCUGUUAUCGUUAUCAUUAAAUAAUUUAAUCCGUAAUAAAAUGUCCGUCAACAAUGACAACAACAAUCCACGUCGUCACAACAAUGAGUCAUCAGCAGAUUUGGGUCCAGCUGCGGUAGCGGCAGCAUCUCCUGCUAUUGACACAUCCUCCACGGAACAACUCGACACAUAUUUUUCCGAUGAAAAAGUGAUAAUUCCGUCAACUGAUAACGAUGCAUUCAGUUUUCGGAAGUUGUGGGCAUUUACGGGACCAGGAUUUUUGAUGUCAAUCGCGUAUUUGGAUCCGGGAAAUAUUGAGUCGGAUUUGCAGCAAGGUGUGGUGGCGCGAUAUAAAUUGCUGUGGGUGCUGAUGACAGCGACAAUUUUGGGUUUGAUCAUGCAAAGGUUGUCAGCGAGACUGGGAGUUGUGACGGGACAUCAUUUGGCGGAGAUGUGUUACAGAGAAUAUCGAGCGGUGCCACGGUUGUUGCUGUGGAUUAUGAUUGAAAUUGCGAUUAUUGGAUCAGAUAUGCAAGAAGUCAUUGGAACCUCCAUCGCCAUCUACCUUCUCUCCGCAAAACGGAUCCCUUUGUACAUUGGAGUCAUGAUUACCGUUUUCGACACUUUUACGUUCCUAUUUCUCGACAAAUACGGUCUACGGAAGCUGGAAUUCUUCUUUGGACUGCUAAUUACCAUCAUGGCUGUGACCUUUGGCUACGAAUUUGGCGUUGCAAAGCCCGAAAUCGGUGAAAUGGCAACCGGCAUGAUCAUUCCAUGGUGCAAGGAUUGCGAUCAUCGUGCUUUAUUACAAGCUGUUGGGAUCGUUGGAGCAGUUAUCAUGCCUCAUAAUUUGUAUUUGCACUCAGCUUUGGUCAAAUCACGAGAUAUUGACCGAAAAGACAGCUCAAAGGUGCGGGAAGCGAAUUUUUACUUUUUUAUCGAAGCGUGUGUGGCACUUUUUGUGUCGUUUGUCAUCAAUGUGUGUGUUGUGGCGGUUUUUGCGCACGGUUUGUUCGGGAAACAGAAUAAGGAUAUCAAUUUAAUGUGUCAAAACAGCACAAGUUCCGUAAUUCAUCAAGAUUUGAACAACACCUUCCCCUACAACUCGGACCUCGUCGAUGCGGAUCUCUACAAAGGCGGCAUCUUCCUCGGAUGUGCUUUUGGCGCCGCAGCAAUGUACAUUUGGGCAGUUGGCAUUUUCGCAGCCGGUCAAAGUAGCACGAUGACGGGAACGUAUGCCGGUCAAUUCGCCAUGGAGGGAUUUUUGAAUCUGCAAUGGGCUCGAUGGCAACGAGUGUUGGUUACGCGACUAAUUGCUGUCGUUCCGACAUUUUUUGUUGCCUUUUACAGCAAUAUUAACGACUUGACGGGCAUGAAUGACACGUUAAAUGCUGUGAUGGCGCUUCAAUUGCCGUUCGCGACAAUUCCGUGUGUCGCCUUCACGUCGAAUCGACGAAUUAUGGGCGAAUUUGUGAAUGGACUCGCCAAUAAAGUCAUAUCAAUUGUGCUGAGUGUCCUUGUUAUCACGAUAAAUUUGUAUUUUGUUACAAAUACGGUGAUGGCGUUGCAGUUGAAUGGGUGGUGGAUCACUGUAGUUGUACUUUUUGCUAUUGCAUACAUCAUGUUCAACUUCUACCUUGUCAUCCACAUGGCUGUUGGAAUGGGCAACGAACGUUUAGCCUCACAUCCUCUCGUCCGUAAAUUUGUGACGCCCCCGCAGCAAGAUUUUGAUUCCCCCUCAUCGUAUGCCAGAUUAAAUUCAUCAUAUGACAUGCAAAGAACUUACUGUACCACAACAUGACAAUCAUCUCGACAAUAUUUUUACUCCGCAAUUCCACAAGAUGUAGUUUCGUAGUACACAUAGUCCAUACUUAAUGAAAAAAAGGGAAAAAUUCCUUUAAAAAAAAUAAAAAAUUGUGAUAGAUAAACAUUGGAUUCAAAAAAAUAAAUAUAUUGCAGGGUGCCAUUCCGUUAAAUAGCGAAAAAAUUAGAUUUUAAUAGAAAAUUUGUGAUAUUUCUGUACUUUUGACUAGAAUAGAGUACUUACUUUCACAGAAAAAAGCGUCACGUUGUAAAUAAAUGACUUAAAUGUGGGUAAAUGGGCACUUGCGGGUCUUGAAACUUGAAAAUUAAUCAAAGAUUUUAUAAAAUUAGGAACAAUCACGCAAUGACAAGGGUCGAUUGAGACCCUAAUUGAAGCAUUUCCUCGAAACUAAGUCUCUCUUGAUGAACCUCUCUUAGUUUUUGUUCGUUUUUUUGUUAAAGUUUUAUCAUGAAUUUAUGUUUAUCUUUACUAAUUUAUAAGAAAAUGUACUUUAAACACUUUAUAAAUAUUUAAUAAGAAAAAAAUUUGAAUGAUAAAAAUUUUUUUGACAAUAAAAAUGCUUGUUU